AUGAAGGGUGGCCGGAUUUCAGAUUACAAUGGCAAGUCUAUUUCAGUCACAGGUGGCUCUACCCUUUUAGUUGAUCCUGAAUUAGAAGAUGUCUCAUGGCUGCAUGAAUGGAUGGUUGCUAGCUACGACACAACCAAUUUUGUCCAUGUGACCAACUCUUCUUCUAAAGCAGUGAUUUAUGGUACAAAGACAGUAUCUGAGAUGUUGUCUAUCAACCUGAAGGUUUCCGAGUUCUCCGCUAUUUUUCGUGUUAUUGUGUCAGUGAAAGAAAUCCAGACUGGUGACUUCUAUUACCCAGCAUGCAUGAAGGUUGUCAAUGGAAGGCAAUGUAGCAAGAAGGUUACUCAGGUUUCGGAAAGUAUGUGGCAAUGCAAUUCUUGUGACAGUGAUUCUGGAGAUAUUCAGCUCAAAUAUGCACUACACUUGUGUAUUCUGGACAGCACUGGACAUAUAUGGGCGGUUGCAUUUGAUGAUGCUGCUAAUGAAAUUGUAGGGAUGCCUGCAUGUAAGCUGGCUGCGCUACAAGAUGAUGAUUAUACUAGUUUUUCAGCCAUAAUGGAUUCUAUUCGAUCAAAGAUGUACAAUCUGAAG